CAUCUUUACUGCCUUACUUUUCAUACCCUUAUCUUUUCUUUUCUCCCCUUUUCUUUCUUUCUCUUAAUAAUAGACCGCGUUGAUGUUCUCCCGCAGCACUACCAUUUUCCGCAGAAGUUGCCGCUAUCUUCUCCGCGCCCCCAUCCACAGCUCCCAGGUCAAGAAAUCGUUCUUUUCGCUUUCCGCGCGCUCUUUCGCGGCCGUCGACGCGGCUAUGGCAGACUCGAGUACUGGAGUUACGGCGGAGUUGGUGCGCAGCAAGUUGAUUGAGAAGCUGCAGGCUCAGCAUGUAGAGAUUGAAGAUUUGUCGGGUGGCUGCGGUCAGGCAUUCAUGGCGAUUAUCGUUUCCCCCCAGUUUGAGAGCAAAAAUAUGCUCGCCCGGCAUCGGUUGGUGAACGCCGCGCUUAAGGAAGAGAUUGCAGCUAUUCAUGCCUGGACACCAAAGUGCUACACACCGGAGCAGUGGCAGUCGUUGAUGCAGCAGUGA